AUGAGUGCUGAAGGAUACCAAUACAGAGCAUUAUAUGACUACAAAAAAGAGCGAGAAGAAGACAUUGACUUGCACUUAGGGGAUAUAUUAACUGUGAAUAAAGGUACCUUACUAGCACUUGGAUUCAGUGAAGGGGAAGAAGCAAAACCUGAGGAAAUUGGCUGGUUAAAUGGCUUUAAUGAAACUACAGGGGAGAGGGGGGAUUUUCCAGGAACUUACGUAGAGUACAUUGGGAGAAAAAAAAUAUCUCCCCCAACUCCGAAGCCUCGUCCUCCUCGACCCCUUCCAGUAGCACCCAGUCCUGCAAAAGUUGAAGCAGAGAGUGAGCAACAAGCUUUUUCACUUCCAGAUCUCACAGAGCAGUUCGCACCUCCUGAUGUUGCUCCACCGAUUCUUAUGAAGAUAGUGGAGACAAUUGAAAAGAAAGGUCUAGAAUGCUCAAAUUUGUAUGGAAUACAAGGCUCAAGCAGCUCAGCAGAAUUAAGACAAAUUCUUGAAUGUGAUUCCUCUUCAUUAGAUUUAGAAACAUUUGACGUGCACACUUUAUCAGAUGCUCUCAAGAGGUAUCUUCUGGACCUGCCAAAUCCCAUCAUUCCAGCAGCUGUUUACAGUGACAUGAUUUCUGUAGCUCAAGAAGUGCAGAGCUCAGAGGAGUAUGCUCAGUUGCUGAAGAAACUCAUCAGAUCUCCAAAUUUACCUCCCCAGUAUUGGCUCACACUCCAGUAUUUGCUGAAACAUUUCCUCAGAGUUUGUCAAGCCUCCAGCAAAAAUCUCUUGAAUGCAAGGUCUCUGGCUGAAAUUUUCAGCCCUCUGCUUUUCAGAUUCCAGAUAGCAAGCUCUGAUAAUACUGAGCACCACAUAAAAAUUCUAGAAGUUUUAAUCACAAGUGAAUGGAAUGAGAGACAGCCUGUACCAGCACUGCCUCCUAAGCCACCGAAACCUAAUACUGUAACUAACAACGGCAUGAAUAACAACAUGUCAUUACAAGAUGCUGAAUGGUACUGGGGAGAUAUCUCAAGAGAAGAAGUAAAUGAGAAGCUCCGAGACACUGCUGAUGGUACCUUUUUGGUACGAGAUGCUUCAACCAAAAUGCAUGGAGACUACACACUUACGCUAAGGAAAGGAGGAAAUAACAAAUUAAUUAAGAUAUUUCAUCGAGAUGGAAAAUACGGCUUUUCUGACCCGUUAACUUUCAACUCUGUGGUUGAGCUUAUAAACCACUACCGGAAUGAAUCUCUAGCCCAGUAUAAUCCUAAACUGGAUGUAAAAUUACUGUAUCCAGUAUCUAAGUACCAGCAGGAUCAAGUUGUAAAAGAGGAUAGCAUUGAAGCAGUGGGAAAGAAAUUGCAUGAAUAUAAUACCCAGUUCCAGGAAAAAAGCCGAGAAUAUGACAGACUCUAUGAAGACUACACAAGAACAUCUCAGGAAAUUCAAAUGAAAAGAACAGCUAUUGAAGCAUUUAAUGAAACAAUUAAAAUAUUUGAAGAGCAGUGCCAGACACAAGAAAGAUACAGUAAGGAAUACAUUGAAAAAUUUAAACGAGAUGGAAAUGAAAAAGAAAUACAAAGAAUUAUGCACAACUAUGAAAAACUCAAGUCUCGAAUAAGUGAAAUUGUGGACAGCCGGCGAAGAUUAGAAGAGGAUUUAAAGAAGCAAGCAGCUGAAUAUAGAGAGAUAGACAAGCGUAUGAACAGCAUUAAGCCAGACCUCAUACAGCUGAGGAAGACAAGAGAUCAGUACUUGAUGUGGCUGACUCAAAAAGGUGUUCGACAAAAGAAACUAAACGAGUGGCUUGGAAAUGAAAAUACAGAAGACCAAUACUCUAUGGUAGAAGAUGAUGAGGAUUUGCCUCAUCAUGAUGAGAGAACUUGGAAUGUUGGCAAUAUCAAUAGAAGUCAAGCUGAAAAUCUGCUGCGGGGAAAGCGAGAUGGAACAUUCCUUGUUCGAGAGAGCAGCAAACAAGGCUGCUACGCCUGCUCUGUUGUGGUGGAUGGAGAAGUAAAGCACUGUGUGAUAAACAAAACACCUACUGGGUAUGGAUUUGCAGAGCCAUAUAACUUGUACAACUCACUCAAAGAACUGGUGCUACAUUAUCAACAUACAUCACUCGUGCAGCACAAUGACUCUCUCAAUGUCACACUAGCCUACCCAGUAUAUGCACAGCAGAGGCGAUGAAGAUCUUAAUACUCUGGGUUGAUUGCUUUUUUCCUAAAGAAAAGAUCUGACAACAUGAGGCCUCUGGAAAGAGAAGGCUCCUUCCAGCCUUACUCAAGAAUAUGAGCUGCAGUAUCAAAGCUAUCUGUCUUCAGAUGGGACUAGAGCUUUCCUUUACAACUGCAGUGGGAGAAAUCACAGUAUUAAGCUGUGAACUUAUGUUUCUAAUCUGAAGUGCUUUUUUUAAUU